AUGUCGUCGAACCCUCCGCCGCCAGAAAAGGAUCCACCUCCAGCCACGCCGUCUCCGGUAUCCUCUAGAGCCAACAAACUUCAGAAAACUCCUCACAUUCUGAGCCGACUCACCGUGACUUCAUCCGACCAUGAAGUCGCCGACUUCGCUGAAUUCGAAGACCAAGAAGAGAGUAAAAUACACGAGGAAGAUUGCGCUGUACCUCAACGUCAUUUCGAACGGGGCGAAUCAUCGUCAUCUUCUACUUCGUCGUCCAUUUUGCUCCCGUCUUCUUUAGGUCUCAAUAGCAUUCGAACGCGAUUAUCGCCUCUUCGUCAUUCUUCUUCCGCUGGUGCUCCCGCCUUCGCCAUAAAAGAAGCUGCUGUUCCUGUCAGCAUCAACAAUGCCGCCAAAUCUAGAUCCAAAUCUUCACAUCCGAGAGACCUAGGGGAAAAAUUUAAUUGGAAUAAAUCCAAAUCGUUGAAAGCUCAUCAUACACAUCUCCUCCCUGUGCCGGAGGGAAAUCGUGCAGCUUUUGCGGAAAUACAAUCCCCACGUUUUCAGGAAAUCCUGAGACUGACAAGUCGGAGGCAUAGGAGAAACCCUGAUAUUAAAAGCUUUUCCCAUGAGCUCAACUCCAAAGGAGUUAAGCCUUAUCCAACCUGGAAACAUCGUGCCUCUUGGCACGUGGAGGAAGUCAUGGUGGAGAUUAGAAAUAAGUUUGAAAAACUAAAGGAAGAAGUCGAUUCUGAUUUGGGUGGUUUUGCUGGUGAUUUGGUGGGUACUCUUGAAAAAAUAUCUGGGUCUCCUUGUGAAUGGAAAGAGGGGCUGGAAGAUUUAUUGGUUGUUGCUCAACAAUGUGCAAAGAUGUCCGCUGCUGAGUUUUGGAUAAAAUGUGAAACUAUUGUUCAAAAACUAGAUGAUAAACGCCAAGAAAUACCAGUGGGGAUCCUUAAACAAGCUCACACACGCCUGCUGUUUAUUCUCUCUAGAUGUACUCGUCUUGUGCAAUUCCAGAAGGAAAGUGAUCAAAAAGAACAAGAUCACGUUCUUAGUCUUCACCAACUCAGUGAUCUUGGAGUAUAUUCAGAGCAAAUUUUGAAGGCUGCAGAGAAUUGCAGUGUUCCACCUAGUGGACAUGAGAUGGCUGAGAAGCAGUUACCAAAAUCACAUGGAAAAGAGCAAGAGAAAUUGGUAACAAAACAAAGUAAAGAUGACCAACAUGCAAGUGCUGCGACUGACAGUGCGGAGGUUACCACAGCCGAAAGUGUUGAGUCAACUCCCAGUAGCUAUAAAAUGGCUUCUUGGAAAAAGCUUCCAUCAGCUGCUGAGAAAAAACGUGUAUGUCAAGAUGCAGUAGUGAAAGAUGAACACGCUGAAACCUUGGAUACUUCAUCAUGUCAACCUGAAAAUUCACAAACUUCAUCUAGAAUGCGAAAGGAUUCUUGGGGAUUCUGGGGAGAUCAGCAAAAUCUACCAUAUGAUUAUUCAAUGAUCAUCUGCAGGAUUUGUGAGGUUGAAAUACCAAUCGUAAGUGUGGAGGAGCAUUCUCGAAUUUGCACAAUUGCUGAUAAAUGUGAUUUGAAAGGCUUAACUGUAAAUGAACGGCUUGAAAGAGUUUCAGAAACUAUUGAAAGGUUACUUGAAUCCUGGACACCAAAAAGCACACCUAAAAGCACUGAUACUCAUGGAGAAAGCUUUGAGUUUGCGAGAGUGUCAACAUCGAGUUUGCAUGAUGAGUUCAAUGAGUUGUCUCUAGAAAGAAAUAACUUGUCUUGUAGAUGCUCUGAAGACAUGCUCGACCCUGCUCCUGAACCUGACAUUAGUUUUGUUGCAGAUGAUCUAAACCAUUCACCUGAAAUAACAUGUGAUACUCAAAUCUGCUUAAAACCUGAUCAUAGCGCAAAGGUAUCUUCACCAGGAAGCUUGACACCGCGGUCACCAUUGAUUACACCAAGAACAAGUCAGAUAGAAAUGUUACUAGGCGGAAGAAGACACAUAUCUGAACUUGAGAGUUAUGACCAGAUAAACAAGCUAGUUGAAAUUGCUCGUGCUGUUGCAAAUGUGAACAACUGUGACUACAGUUCUUUGGAGUAUCUGCUUGAACGCGUAGAAGAGCUUAAAUACGCAAUUCAGGACAGAAAAGAAGAUGCACUUAUUGUGGAGACUUUUGGUCGACGAAUAGAGAAACUUUUGCUGGAGAAAUAUGCUACCCUUUGUGGGCAAAUAGAAGAUGAAAAGGUAGACUCAUCAAAUAGCAUGGCUGAUGAAGAGAGUUCUAUAGAAGAUGAUACAGUCCGUAGCCAUCGUGCUAGCCCGAUUAACACUUGUUCUAAGGACAGAACCUCUAUUGAAGAUUUUGAAAUAAUAAAACCAAUAAGCAGGGGUGCAUUUGGACGAGUUUUUCUUGCCAGAAAAAGAGCAACUGGUGAUUUAUUUGCUAUUAAGGUUCUAAAAAAGGCAGAUAUGAUUCGUAAAAAUUCAGUUCAAGAUAUUUUGGCCGAGCGAGACAUCCUUAUAUCUAUUCGAAAUCCUUUUGUGGUCCGUUUUUUUUAUUCUUUCACGUGUAGAGAAAAUCUUUAUUUGGUUAUGGAGUAUUUAAAUGGUGGAGAUCUCUAUUCUAUGUUGAGAAACUUAGGUUGCUUAGAUGAAGAUAUGGCUCGUGUAUAUAUUGCAGAAGUUGUUCUUGCGUUGGAGUAUUUGCAUACUCAACAUAUAAUUCACAGAGACUUGAAACCAGAUAACUUAUUGAUUGGUCAAGAUGGUCACAUUAAGUUAACGGACUUUGGACUCUCGAAAGUUGGUCUCAUCAACAGCACCGAUGAUUUAUCGGCGCCCUCAUCUUUCGCUAAUGGCUUUUUAGACGACGAUAAACAAAAAUCUCGACAUGUUUCAAAAAGGGAAGAACGUCAACAACAAUCAGUGGUUGGCACUCCAGAUUAUUUGGCACCCGAAAUACUUCUGGGCAUGGGACAUGGUGCAACUGCAGAUUGGUGGUCGGUGGGUGUCAUACUUUAUGAGCUUCUUGUGGGUGUUCCACCUUUUAAUGCAGAACAUCCACAGCAAAUUUUUGAUAACAUAAUUAACAGAGAGAUACAAUGGCCAAAGUAUCCUGAGGAGAUCAGCUAUGAAGCAUAUGAUUUGAUGAAUAAAUUAUUAAUCGAAAACCCAGUACAAAGGUUAGGUACAACAGGAGCUUCAGAAGUUAAAACCCAUCCUUUCUUCAAGGACAUUAAUUGGGAUACGCUAGCAAGGCAGAAGGCUAUGUUCAUACCAUCGACUGAAGCUCUUGAUACAAGUUACUUUAUGAGCCGCUACAUUUGGAAUCCAGAGGAUGAGCACUGUGCUGGAGGUAGUGAUUUUGAUGACAUUACUGAAUCUUACAGCAGUGGUUCAGGAAGCCAUUCAUCGGAUGUAGAUGAGGAUGAAUGUCAUAGUUUAACCGGGAGGUUUCCACCUUCAGAUCCACUUCUUACGGGGCAGUACUCAUUUAGUAACUUCUCAUUUAAGAAUUUGUCUCAACUAGUAACUAUUAAUUUAGACGUGGUUUAUAAGAAUAAAGAAUCGCCCAGUGACUCCAAUCCAUCCGCUUCGUGA